AUGCCUUGGUACCAUAUUCAAGACAAGAAGCUUAAGCUAACUGUUAGGGCCAAGCCCAAUGCCAGGAAUACCUCGAUAAGAGAGGUAACAGAUACCGAGGUUGUUGUAAAUAUAAGUGCACCGCCAGCAGAUAACAAGGCCAACAAGGAGCUGGUAGAAUUUAUUAGUAAGAUGCUCAAAGUUCCAAAGUCCCUCAUCAAGAUUGUAGCUGGCACGACCUGCGCUAUCAAGACAGUCGUGAUAGGCACCUGGGAAGGAAGUGCGGGAGACUUGGAGGCUGCUGUCGGAGAAAUGCUAGAGUAG